AUGCUUACUCAUCUCAAAGAUAGAUAUUUUACUACCCAUUUAGUUUGCUGGAUUUUUGGAUUUGAUUUUUGUAAUUUUACUAUUAUUUUAUGUUUUAGAAUCGAUACUGUUUAACAGAACAAAAAGAAUAAUUUUUAUUAAUCAUCUAUCAGAAUGGCGCCUUCUUAGGUGAUGGAAUUCAAAAGUAAUAAUAUUUAAAAAAAAUUAUAUAUACAUAUUACUAUAAAAUUAGUUAAUCAGUAUAUUUUGCUUGAUCUGAAAGAGAGUUAGAAGAAGUCUUCGGUUAUUUUCGUCACUAGAAUUAACUCCUACAUUUCCUCCACGAUUACAGCUGGCUUUAUCGUCUCAAGCCCAAGAAUUUGUUCUUGAGUCUCAUAAAACUGUUGGCGACUUGAUCCAAGAAAUCAAGCUGGGAGAUAAUGCUAUAAAAUCAGUCAAGCUUUUAUUUUCGGAUAAAGAAGCACCUCAAUCGCUUACAUUAGGAGAAAUUACGAAAAAGCCAUUCAAUAUAUCAAUUGACAAUAAAAGCUAUCAUGUUUAUCCUGGAAUUGGUCAAUUUAUAAGAGGAAAAGAAGAAUUUUUAGGAUUGUGCAAAGAAGCUGGGAUUUCUUUUAAUGAUGCUAGAAUUAUUAUCAUUUUCUCUUAAAAUAGCUUAUAUAAAUUUUAGCUACAUUUCUCUUUUCAUUAAAAUAUUAUAAUAAAUUUUCUAUCGAUAAUGUAAAUUUUCUUACUCCAGAGUAAAGAAUUAAUCAAAAACAAUUUUUAAAAAAUAAUUUUUCUGCUUACUUUAAAGGAAAGGAGUUAAUAAAGUAUAGCAAAUACCUAGAAAGACUUACCAACUCACUCCCUAAUCAAUUCACAUACAGCGAUUUACAAGCUGCAGCAGCUUCUGCGAUUGAAGAAGAUAAAGCUGCAAGAGAAUCCGACAUCGAAAUCCUCAAAUCCCAAAUCGCGUCUAUGGAAAUCGAAUUGGAGCCUUUAGAAAAGAAAUUAAAAGAAAUUGAAGAAAUAUCCCAUCAUUAUGCGAAACUGGUGAUUUACGGAGGAUUGACUACUUUAAUAGCUCAAUGGGGAAUUAUUGGGUAUGGAACUUUUAUUUUAUACGGCUGAGAUGUGAUGGAGCCAGUUUCUUAUGUAGUUGGGGCAAGCUGGAUGUUUUUAGGCUAUAUGUUUUUUAUGAAAAAUAAAGAAGGGUUCAAAAUAACAUCAUUUACAGAUAUGCUAUUCAAAAGAAAAUUCAAUAAAUUGGUAAGCAGUGGACAUUUGGACUUAAAAAGGAUUGAAAUACUGAAAAAGAGCAUAUCUCUGGUGAAUCAGCAGAUUGAUCUUUUAAAGCCUUAA